AUGGCCGAACCACAGGUGGCAUAUGCCCAAGAUGAGUACGGCAACCCCUUCAUUGUAGUGCGUGAACAAGGGAAAAAGACCCGUGCGCAGGGUAUUCAGGCUAUCAAAGACCAUAUCCAGGCGGCACGGACAGUCUCGAAUAUUCUUCGCACGUCGUUGGGCCCCCGUGGCUUGGACAAGAUCUUGAUCAGUCCUGAUGGUGAUAUCCAGGUGACGAACGACGGCGCGACGAUCAUGAGCAAUAUGGAGCUGGAGCAUCAGAUUGCCAAGCUCCUCGUCCAGCUGUCCAAGAGUCAGGACGAUGAAAUUGGCGACGGCACGACAGGUGUCGUUGUGCUGGCCGGCGCACUGCUCGAGCAGUCGGAAGCGCUCAUUGACCGUGGCAUUCAUCCUAUCCGUAUUGCGGAUGGUUUCGAGCGGGCGUGUGACAUCUCGGUGAGCGCCCUGGAAAAGGUGGCGGACCGCGUCGAGUUUGACCGCGACCAUAUCGAAGAGCUGAUCAAGGUGGCCAAGACGAGUCUUGGUAGUAAGAUUGUGUCCAAGGCCUCGGACAAGUUCGCUCGUAUUGCGAUUGACUCCGUGUUGUCUGUGGCCGAUUUGGAGCGCAAGGAUGUGGACUUUGACCUGAUCAAGGUCGACGGGAAAGUCGGCGGCUCGUUGGAAGACUCGAUCUUGGUGCAGGGUGUAGUUCUGGACAAAGACUUUUCACACCCGCAAAUGCAGCGUGAGCUGCGUGAUGCGCGUAUUGCAAUCCUUACCUGCCCAUUGGAGCCACCACGUCCAAAGACGAAGCACAAGCUCGAUAUCAACUCGGUCGAAGAGUACAAGCGUUUGGAAGAGUACGAACGCACAACGUUCCUCAGUAUGAUCCAGAAGAUCAAGGAUUGUGGUGCGAAUAUGGUAGUGUGUCAGUGGGGCUUUGACGAUGAGGCGAAUCACCUGCUGUUGCAGCACGGCCUGCAGGCUGUGCGCUGGGUCGGUGGCCCUGAAUUGGAGCUGAUUGCGAUUGCGACCAACGGUCGCAUUGUGCCGCGUUUCGAAGAUUUGUCGGCAGACAAACUGGGUCGUGCCGGUCUAGUACGCGAGGUGGCCUUUGGCACGACACGCGACCGCAUGCUGGUCAUCGAGGAGUGUGCGAACUCGCGUGCUGUGACGGCCUUCUUGCGUGGCUCGAACAAGAUGAUCAUCGACGAGGCGAAGCGUGCGCUGCACGAUGCUAUGUGUGUCGUGCGUAGUCUUGUAAAGGACAACCGUGUCGUCUACGGUGGUGGUGCUGCUGAAGUGUGCGCCUCCAUUGCAGUGUCGCAGCAAGCGGAUGAGAUUGCUUCGAUCGAGCAGUACGCCAUGCGCGCCUUUGCUUCGGCGUUGGAUGCGAUUCCCCUCGCGCUGGCCGAGAACAGCGGUCUGGCACCGAUCGAGAACCUUGCUAUGGUCAAGAGUCGGCAGGUCACAGAGAAGGAUGCGCGAUGCGGCAUCGACUGCAUGGGCGUGGGUAACAACAAUAUGAAAGAGUGCCGCGUAUUUGAUCCGCUGGUGUCGAAGCGGCAACAGCUUUUGCUGGCGACGCAGCUCGUUCGCGCUGUCCUCAAAAUCGACGAUGUUAUUGAACAGCAUGCGCUCGACGCGGAGAUGUAA